UUUCAGUAUCGCGCGGCCAUUGUUACGAUACGCACGUAGUACUCGCGUAUUCUGCCAAAAUAUAUUGAAUAAUAUAAAAUUGUGAAUUACGUUACCAUAAAUAAAAUUAAAAACUUACUGGAAAUUAUAAGAUAUAUGUGUAAUUAAAUUAUUUGAUAAACAUAAAGCAGUAAGUGUUUUCGGUAUCCUGAAUUUCGUCUCCGCUUUUUUGGUGAUAGAUCGAUAGCUGUAAACAUAUAUACAUUCAAAAUGCACAAAAGUGAAUUGAAGUGAAACGAAUAAAAUGUGCUAGCGCGACAAUGUGCGGUGUCCCUGUUGCUGUGUGUUCUAUGUUCGGUCGAGUGACCCGGUGAAGAUGGACACGGUCAGAUGAUCGAGGAGUCAGCCGCGCAAACCACGCAAGCGGCUUAUAGGGCGCAUCAUGCAGGUGUUCGGCGAAUGGGCGCAAGUUGAGGUGGUGGAAUUAGUGAACGAUGGAUCGGGUCUCGCAUUCGGCAUCGUCGGCGGUCGAUCCUCUGGCGUCGUCGUCAAGAGCGUGCUACCUGGAGGUGUGGCUGACAGGGAUGGCCGCUUACGCAGCGGCGAUAUGCUGCUUCGUAUUGGCGCGGUGUGCGUCGUCGGGAUGUGCGCUCGGCAAGCCGCAGCCGUGCUCCGGCAAUGCGGGGCCUGUGUGCGGUUGCUGGUUGCGCGGCCUGCACACAGUAACACAUUGCAACCGACAUUACAAUCUCUCGGUGCGUCUCAGGCACCAAUCGUACCCUCACGGCUUCUAGCUGACCCCAUAGAGCUGGAACGGGGCUUGGCUGAAGCGGGGCAUGAUGGGUUUGGGGCUCUAUCCGAAGACACGACUCCUCCGUCACCACCACCCACGAUCAUUGAGGAAAGAUUGCAUCAUCGGCCUGUAGCAUCAAUCGUGGCAGUAGUACCAAGAGGAGCACUUGCACCGUCACCUCGUCCACCACCACUUAUAAUUACUUCGGAACCCCAGCCACCACCUGUUAGGUUACCGUUAGAUAUGGCGGUGCGAGGCACGGGAGAACCGGAGACUUUAAGUUACGAAGUAGAUCUUAAUAAGGACUCUGCUCUUGGUCUUGGCAUCACCGUGGCUGGAUACGUCUGCGAGCAAGAGGAGUUAAGCGGUAUAUUCGUCAAAAGCAUCAGCGCCGGCAGCUCUGCGGACUUGUGUGACAAGAUCCAAGUAAACGACAGAAUUGUUGAGGUGGACGGCGUGUCCCUACAUGGCGUUACAAAUCACAGGGCGGUUGCCUUGUUACGUGAUGCCAGAGGACCUGUCGUGAGGUUAAAAGCUUUAAGGUACCUUCGAGGGGCGGGGUUUGAGAGACUUCAAAAGGCGUUAGCGGCUCAGGAUGGUAGAAGAUCACCGAUAGCUCCACCCAGUCCUUCUGUCACUUCGCUCGCCAAAUAUAGUUUUAGUGUGUACGACGAAUCAACAGUAAUAGAAGCAGAGCCGGAGUCAGAGAUACAACCACACUUACCAUCUCCCACCUCUCCUUCUGACGAAGCGGAGAUAGUUAUCGGACGAGAUGACGAUAUCUCGGAACGCGAGAUAAGAAGAAUACAAGAUAAGUGGCGGGACAUCUUGCAAGAAGAACCUGACUGGCCUGGUCACCAAUAUCAAUACGAUAUCAUUGUUGGCACAAUAAUGAAGGAAAAGGACAAUGGUCUAGGGAUCUCUCUCGAAGGUACGGUGAGAGUGGUCGCGGGCAAAGAAGUGCAAGCAAGACACUACAUCAGAGCUAUCGCACCGAAUGGCCCUAUCGCUAAAUUGGGCAUUUAUAAAGUUGGAGAUGAACUAUUAGAGGUAAACGGGUGGCGAGUACUAGGAGCACAUCACGUCGAAGUGGUGACGCGACUACGUGCAGUGAAGUCGCCCGUAUUGCUCGUGGUCGUGCGCAAGCGGAGCGACACGCACAACAGGCCUGAUCAUAGCUUUGCGAGGAGUGGUAUCAUAGGCGGUAGUUUACAAGACUUACUGGCACCACCGCAGCGUCUGAUCAAAGCUAAGUCAGAGAGUUCUGUUGCAUCUCUGUGCAGUGCAACCACGGUCAUGUCAGCGGGUCAUGACCAUGAUGAAUUCUGCUCCGACGACCUUGAACGCAACAGGUCUAGAUCCCUAGAGCCUCUGAGUGGGCUGGCGAUGUGGAGCGACCAGGUGGAGUACAUCCAGUUGCAGAAAGAAGACAGGGGUCUCGGAUUUUCUAUACUAGACUACUUGGAUCCGUCGGAGCCCGGUAGUUCGGUGAUCGUGGUGCGCUCGGUGGUGUGCGGCGGCGCGGCGGCGGCGGACGGCCGGCUCGCGCCCGGCGACCGUCUCGUGUCCGUCAACGGCCGGGACGUGGCGCGCUGCAAGCUUGCCGUCGCCGUCGACGCCAUCAAAAGCGCGCCAAGAGGUAUCGUCACUAUUGGGGUAGCUAAACCACUACCUUGCAGCACCGUGGUUGGGGGAGAAAGGGCGAACGGACACAGCGUACAAAGCAGUCAGGAAUGCAUAAAUUCAUUGGCGUCUGAUGAUCAUACGGGAAUGGAUUCUUUUCACGAAUGUUUGCAAGAAUACGGAGAAGGUUUGGAAGUAGUACAAAUUUGCUUAGAGCCUGAAGAGUCAUCUAUAAAGGAUGAAGAAUUGUCUGCCUUGGCUGAUAUAAGCUAUGAUGAUUAUAAAAAAGUAGAUUCUUUAAAUGAUAACAGCAAGUUUAUUUCUCUUGGAAAUAAUGACACUGAAAAGGUUAAUGGUAUAACUGAACUUAAAUCUUCAAAGUCAGACGAUUCUCUGGACGAACAAGACGACGAUUUGACAAUAACGGAAGAUGACGUCCUUGUUGUUCCUAGAGAAUUAACCAUAAGGAGUAAGUCCGCAGAUAGAAAGGGCAUGGAAAGCGAGAGAUGUCUAUCAAAACAACAAAGUAAAGAUUUGUCAACGUCGGACGAAAUGGUGUUUGCCGUUACGCCGACUGGCUUAGAGAGAAUAAGUUUCGAAAAAUAUUGGAAGGAGUGUGAUAUCAAUAAAGACAAAUUAAAAAAUGACGAAAGUUGGAAAGAACCCAUAAAUUCAGCUAUCGAUGAAACCGCGAGUUUUUAUGACGCAACCACAAGAAUUUCCGUCCAGGAACAUAACAAUUCUCUAUUAUAUAUUGACCAUGAAAUUGACGGUUACGAAACAUGUCUCGAUGACGACUCAUCGUCUGUAAAGUGCUCGAUAAAAAACGGUCAUAAAAUUAACGGCAAUAGUGAGAUCAAAGAGUUAGGUAAACACGAUAAAAUAGUUAUUAGAAACAAAGACAACGAUGCUUGUGCCAAAACUAUUAAAGAUCAGAACACUGCCAAUACCGUUGACGAAGUGUCGUCUUAUGGCCACCCAUACAUAGAAGAGCAUAUAAUUAAGCAAAUGAAAUCAUUGAGAAUAGAACCUUUGAAUGUAAACAUAGGAACCAAGAAAUUGAAGAAAAAAAGUCCAACGAAACCGUCCAAGAAGGAACGUCGUUGCAUCGAAUACUAUAACGAUCAAGCUGAAUGUUUACAAGAGAUACGCCAAAAGAAGCUUGAAGAAGAAGAAUAUAAAAAUAAAGAGCAGCAGAGAAUUUUAGAUACUAGUCUAAUUAAGAUGGAGAAGAAAAUGCUAUCAAAGCAGCAAUUGAGUGAGGACUCGAUGGAUGCUGAACCAAAUUUCGUACCAGGCUGCCAUAAAUGUUUUCUCGAAAGCUAUGCCUAUGAAAUAACUAAAGCAUAUAUAGCCGAAGCUACGGCUUGUAAAUAUUGUGAUGUAAUUAGGGAUAUGUUAGAGGUACCUACAGUUAUAUCGAGUAGAAGAAGAUCGGCACCAGCGUUAGUAAAUCUAGAUAGCCCUGGAUCUGAUACGGAAGAUGAGGAUCUCUUGGCUGUUCCUGUAGUAAAAGAUAGAAGAAAAUCUACUGGCCCGUUGAAAUUUCCAGUACCUGCUAGAAGAACUAGUCACGUGUCCCCAACAAUGACGGUAACAGUGUCAUCCGGUCGGCGUGAUGGCGGCUCCAGUCAACGAUGGGGACCACCACGUAGAGUUACCCUCAGAAGACGACCUGGUGCACCGUUAGGAGUCAGCAUCGUCGGUGGAAAGGUGGAUAUCAUUGCUAACCAAAACGGCCAAAAUGGAGACGAAAAGGCGAUUUUCGGUAUCUUCAUCAAAAACGUCGUACCUAAUAGUCCAGCGGCACUCAGUGGGGAAUUACAGACUGGUGACAGAAUCCUUGAAGUGGACGGGGUAUGCGUCAGAACGGCACAACAUGAAAGAGCUGUCGAAUUGAUCAAAGCUGCACGGGAUAUCGUCACGCUGACUGUCCAGAGCUUAAUAACUUGGAAUACGGAUUCAUCAGACGUAGAGGCGUCACCUCCAGCCGUGUCACCUCCGCGACCAAGUAUUAAGAAGACGCCCGCGCCAAAACCUCCUAAACAUGAUAUAAAGAUAACGGUAACCGAGCCAGAAGUAGAAAAGGAAACGGUAAAAGCAGCACAGAACGGAAAACCAGAAGAAAAGCCAGUACAGAAUGGUGAGGCAAUACCUUCUAAGCCAGUGUAUUCAGAUUCUGAUAGCAGUGAUGAAGAGGAUGAAAGAGAAUUACAAGGAAGAACUUAUUCAGACAAGGGAGUUGAGAUCGACCGUGCUUCUGCAGGUGCUAUUAAGCGUAGCAGAGAAGAAAAGGAAGCUGAUCCUGAAGAAGAAGACGACUUCGGCUAUACAACAAAUAAAAUCAAGAAGAAAUAUGCAUCCCUCGGCGACAGUGUUGUGGUUGUCAAGUUGGAAAGGACCCCGAAAGCUGGACUCGGUCUCAGCCUCGCGGGCCACAGGGACAGGAGUCGCAUGGCUGUGUUCAUAUGCGGUAUGCACCCAGCCGGAGCUGCUGCGAAGUCGUCACCACCUAUCAAAGUUGGUGAUGAGAUCUUGGAGGUGAACGGCAUAGUACUGCAUGGAAGGUGCCAUCUUAACGCGUCUGCUAUCAUCAAGGGUCUUGUAGGACCUGUCUUCAAAAUCAUCUUAUUGAGACGGAAGGCGGCAUUGGAAGAUGUGGCUGUUAAACCUAUUACACAGUUCCCUGUUGGUCUUGACGAAGAGGCGGACGACCGAUUCGCUGGCUACAAAGGCGUACGAGACAUCACUAUAAAAAAGGGUCCUUCUGGGUUGGGCAUAAUGAUAAUAGAAGGAAGACACACAGAAGCUGGUCGUGGUAUCUUCGUUUCCGACCUCCAAGAAGGUAGCGCUGCGGAACAGGCUGGAUUGAAUAUUGGAGACAUGAUUCUUGCUGUGAAUAGAGAUUCUCUUCUUAGUUGCAGUUAUGAUGCCGCAGCGGCCAAAUUGAAACAAACCGAAGGUGUAGUUAUAUUGACAGUAUGUAGUCCAAAUAUGAAAGACCCCUCUGAUAAGACUGAUGAGUCGGCGUCAGGUGCUUCAGGUAACGAACCAUUCGUAAACAUUGUGUUCAAUCAAUAUUUCAUAUUAGUCGUUAAAAAUAGAACUGGUGCGAUUUUAUUCUUCUCUCUUCAAAUGUCGCUUUGUUUUUCAGGUAAUAAAACGGAUCCAUCUCGCCCGACGACACCAAAGCCAGCGCCUUCGCCAGCCAAACCGGAGCCCCCAGCAGAUCCAGCAACAGCACCAAUAAAAUCUAAUCAAGAUACAGUAAUAGAAAUUAAUACUAACAACGAAGUCCUCGGUAUAUCCUUACUCGGAGGAAGUGAUACUCUUAUUAAUGGUCCAGCAGCUGUUAUAUUGGAAGUAUACAAGAAUGGAGCGAUAGCGAAGGACGGCAGAUUAAAAGUAGGCGAUCAGAUCAGAGACUGCAACAGUCUCGCUAUAAAUAAAGAUAUGACGUACGAGAGGAUCUGUUUGUCGAUCAAGCUUAAAGUGCCUAAGAUGAAAAUGACAGUCUACCGUCCCGACCCUCUCCAGUAUGAUGAGGUGGAAGUGGAGUUAACUAAGAAAUCUGGUCGACCCUUAGGCCUAAACUGCGUCGCUCCGUUAGAGGGCACUGGAGUUUAUUUAGGAGAAUUGCUUCCAGGCUCUCCAGCUGAAGUGGACGGUAAGCUGCAAAGAGGAGACUUCUUAGUAGCAGUCGAUGGUAAAGAUGUAUCCACAGCUGAAUCCAUAGCCGUAGCCGCCAUAUUAAAAUUAUGUAACAACAAGACCACCAUUAAAGUUAAGCGAUUCAAAAUAGUCCCUAGAUAAUUGUGAUAAGGUGCAGUUUGGAAUAAAUAGCUCUGGGGUUAACUACGUUGAAGGAAGUUGGGGCUUAUUGCAUUGUUAUAGAGAUCAACAUGCAAUGACUAAGAUUAAAUUGUAAUAAAGAAAUUUCUAUCAAUUC